AGCCCCCUCAUGGAACCACUCUUGGAUAUUUUGUAAAACCCAUUCCUUAAAAAUGAUGAUGUAGCUCAUGCUAGAUCUAGGUUAAGUUAAUUUGGAAAUUCAAACCCCAAGUCCAUCCACUAAUCCACAAAAACCCUAAACCUUGGGAAUCCGAGAGAACACUACAAUAAGUCCUCCCACUUCUGGAAAUCGAAAGUAGAGCUGUAACCUUGCAGAACGAGCAAAUACUGAAUACCAGGAAUAGUAUUUUUAUUGCAGGGGUAGGGUUCGAGGGUUUUACUUAUGCUUCAGACAUGCCCGUCAAUUGACAACAGGGCUGCAAUACGAGGCUAUUAAUUAAAAAGUAAGUAAAAUCCUCUGUAAGAAGUUUUAUCUCUCAAAGAAAAAGACGGAGUGCUGUGGAUAGAUUGUAAAGAUGCUGGUCCUGUUUGAAACCCCUGCGGGGUUUGCUCUAUUUAAAGUACUUGAUGAAGGGAAGCUUAGUCAAGUAGAGGACUUAUGGAAGGAAUUUCAGACAACAGAGUCUGCUCGGAAGGUUGUCAAGCUGAAGGCUUUUAGCAAAUUUGAGAAUACAGCAGAAGCUUUAACUGCCGCUACCUUGCUAGUUGAUAGUAAACCCAGCAAGGGACUUCGCUCAUUUCUUCGUCAUGAGUGUGAGGGGGAAAUAUUAGCAGUAGCAGAUUCAAAGCUUGGAAAUGCGAUAAAGGAGAAAUUGAAAAUUGAAUGUGUACACAAUAACGGUAUUAUGGAGCUAAUGCGUGGUCUGCGAUCCCAAUUGAGUGAACUUAUAACUGGUCUUGGUGUCCAAGAUUUGGCACCCAUGAGCUUGGGUCUGUCUCACAGCCUGUCCAGAUUUAAGCUAAAAUUCAGCCCUGAUAAGGUGGACACAAUGAUUAUUCAGGCAAUAGGUCUACUGGAUGAUCUUGACAAAGAAUUGAACACAUAUGCAAUGAGGGUACGGGAGUGGUAUGGAUGGCAUUUUCCAGAACUAUCAAAAAUUGUCCAGGAUAAUAUACACUAUGCAAAAGCAGUAAAGCUUAUGGGUAGUCGCACAAAUGCUGCUGAUCUUGAUUUUUCUGAGAUACUACCAGAGGAAGUUGAAUCAGAGUUGAAAGAGGCAGCAGUGAUCUCCAUGGGAACAGAAGUUAGCGAGCAUGACAUGAUUAACAUUAAAGCACUUUGUGACCAAGUGAUUUCUCUCUCUGAGUAUAGAGGGCAACUUUUUGAUUAUUUACGAAGUCGGAUGAAUGCCAUUGCCCCUAAUUUGACAGUUCUUGUAGGGGAACUUGUUGGUGCCCGUCUUAUUUCUCAUGCAGGGAGCUUGUUGAAUCUUGCAAAGCAACCUGGAAGCACAGUUCAAAUUCUUGGGGCUGAGAAGGCUUUAUUCAGAGCUUUGAAAACCAAGAAUCAGACACCAAAAUAUGGACUUAUAUUCCAUGCAUCACUAAUAGGACAAGCAGCACCAAAAUUGAAAGGAAAAAUUUCGAGAUCUCUAGCAGCAAAAGCUGCUCUUGCAAUUCGUAUUGAUGCUCUCGGAGAAAGUCAGGAUGCAUCUCAAGGUUUUGAAAGCCGUGCAAAACUUGAGGCUAGAUUAAGACAACUUGAAGGAAGGGCUCUGGGACGACUUGCUGGAUCUACAAAGGGCAAGCCAAAGAUAGAGCCUUAUGAUAAAGAGCGAAAGAGGGACACACAUGGCCUUUUAACAGCUGCAAAGACAUACAAUCCAGCUGCAGAUUCAACUAUUGGGCAGGAACAAGCAUCAGAUAAGAAGAUAAAAUAUGAAAAGGCUGUGGAAACAGAUCAAAGCCUUAGACAACAUGAUCAGGCUGAUAAAAAAAGAAAACAUGAGGAGUUGCAUGUUGAAGAAGUGGCUGUUGAGCCUGAAAAGAAAAAGAAGAAGGGAGGGAGCAAAAAGAAUGAGAUCCCAGAGGAAGCAAUUCCAUACCAAGAAGAGGAACCUGAGAAGAAGAAGAAGAAGAAGAAAAGAGAAGAAGCAAUAUCACACCAAGAAGAUGACAUAGCGGUAGAGCCUGAAAAAAAGAAAAAGAAGAAGAAAACAGAAGAUGGAAAGGAAAAUGAUGGUGAGGAGCAUGCAGUAGAAUCUGAGAAGAAGAAAAAGAAGAAGAAAAAAGAUGAUGUAAAUGAAGAUGAAGAAACAAAAGUAUUGACUGAUGAAAUACCAAAGAAGAAGAAGAAAAAGGACAAAAGCAAAACCUCUACUGAAUGAAUUUUGAAGAGAGAUAAAUUUUGAAGCUUUGGCAUAGCAUAUUUGUAUUUGAUUUUGUGUGUUAAUUGAGAAAUUGAGGAAUUAAGUUAUACUUUUGACAUUGCAUUAUGGAGACUACUCUAACGGCAAGUUCCUUUUCUCUUGUCA